GGGUCAGUGCUGAGGGAGUGCCGCACUGUCGGAGGAAUGAGCCGGUUCCUCAACCUCCUUCGCAGCUGGUUACUGAUGGUUGCUAUUGUUGCUGCAGGCAAUACAAUUCAGAGUUUCUGGGACCACAGCUUCCUCUCCGACAAGUUGUACACUGGAAGCCCAACACUCGUGAAUGGUUUGCAGGCAAGAACAUUUGGGAUCUGGACUCUACUCUCCUCCAUCAUUCGAUGCACAUGUGCAGUGGAUAUUCACAACAGAACGUUGUACCAUAUUACUCUGUGGACCUUUAUUCUGGCAUUUGGUCACUUUGUGUCUGAGUCCUUUAUUUAUCACACAGCACCCAUGACGAAAGCGGUGAUGGCACCCCUGUUAGUGGCCAGUUUCUCAAUCCUGGGAAUGUUGGUUGGAUUUCAGUACUUGGAAGAUCCUCAAGAUGCAACCUCCAUUCGACCAAAGAAGAGGAUGUAAAGCCUCAGUGGUUUGGCUGCUCAGAGUAAUGGUGUACGGGCAACAUCCAGAUAGGUUUCUGGCUGCUGCACAUCCAGCUAGUUCACCUGGGCACACUCUCCACUGCACUUCCAUCAACUUCAUUCAUCACAAUCAGUGACUGAAAUCCACUGUAAAGACCUUUCCAAUAUCCUGACGUCAUAAAUGUAUUUUAGAAAUGGGAGUCUGUUCAGAUUGUGAUACAGCACAGGCUAUUUGGGCUAUCGUAUCCAUGCUGGUCAACACUAAUCCCAUUUCCCAGCUCUUUGCCAACAGCUCUGGAGACUACAGUGAUGUAAGUGAAUAUCUAAAUUCUGCUGAAAUAUUACAAGAGUUUUUGAUUCACUCGCCCUUUUCAACAGUGAGCUCCAGAUUCCCAACAUCUGAGUUUUAAAAAAAAUUCUUAGCUCUUCUCUUUGCCUUCUGCCACUUACCUUGAAUCUAUCCCCUCUAUUAUGUCUCCUCUCAACAUUCACUCCUCCAAGGUAAUGGCCUAUCUAAUCUUUCCUCAUUGUUCCGAUCCUUCAACUCUGGCAGCAUCCUAGUAAAUCUCCUCUGCACCCUCUCCAGUGCAGUUGCAUUCUUUCUGUAAUAUGGUGACCAGAACUGCACACAGUGCUCCUGCUGUGGCCUGAGUACAGCUCCCUCGUUGCCUGCUUGCUCUUGUAUUGAGCAAAGAACAAUACAGCACGCGAACAGGCCCUUUGAGCCUCCCCAGAUGCUGCCUUAACCACCUCGUCUACCUUUCAGGCAUCUGCAGAUACUGGUAAUGACAUUGGACUGGGAAUCUAUAAACCCAGGUUAAAUCUGUGGGGACUUGAAUCAGGCCGUGACAGAUGGUGACAUUUGAAUUCAAUAAAAAUCUGAAAUUAAAA